AUGAAUAAACCAAUAUUCUUAAAGAACCAUCUGUAUGGAAAGACUAAUAAAACAGACCUCUGGAAGAAACAUCUCAGCAACAACGACGAAAGGCACGACGUUCGCUCCCGAGGUGACGGUCGCGCAGUAGAGGAAGAUGAGUGCUGCGGCGAGCCAGGAGGGAGCCCAGAGGAGUUGGAGAUGAGAACCGAGCAGGAUACAGAACACACACGGGAACAACGACGAAUAGAUGAUGACGGGCUGCAAGGAUAUAAGGAAAGAUACAUUGUAGAAGAGUGA